AUGUUGUUUGUGGUGAUUUUUCUACUAAGCGUCACCAGUGCUCAAGGCGGUUGGUAUGACAGAUAUGUUAAAUUCUUCAACGAAACACUGCCAAACAACAGUACACUCAUGGAGAUGUGGAGGACACACUUAAAGUUGUGGGAGCAGAAUGGCAGUCGCAGCAAAAGGUACCCAAUCCCAAGCUUUGAGUGUCAUAAUACACACCCACAUAACGGUCAUCAUGCUACAAGUGUUCAUGAUCUUCACCCUGGAGACAUUCGUAUCAUUGCUGCAAUGGGAGAUUCACUUACGGCUGGUAAUGGAAUUCUUGCCUCAAAUAUUAUUGGAGAUUUCAUAGAAUACAGAGGCCAAGUAUGGAGCAUUGGUGGCGAUGGAGAUCUGAGCAACACCAUAACACUACCAAACAUUCUGGAGAAAUUUGGUCAGUUCCUUUGGGGUCAGUCUUACGGAACAGGAGGUGUCGGAUCUACAAACUCAAUGCUUAACUAUGCCGAUCCUGGUGACGUGUCCUCAAAUAUGCCGGGACAGGCUAAUGCAUUGGUGCAAAGACUGAGGACAGAUACGCACGUGCGAUUCAAUGACGACUGGAAAGUAGUGACGUUGUUCAUUGGUGGAAAUGAUCUGUGCGAUUAUUGUCACGACCAGAAUGGCUAUUCAGCUGCUAACUACAUUCGACACAUUCGAGAUGCUUUGGAUAUUUUACAUCGAGAGGUUCCUAAAAUGUUUGUUAACCUGGUAGAGAUAUUUGAUAUCGCUCCCAUUGCAGCCAUGGAUGGAGGGUUUAUUUGCAAUCUUGUUCACAAUGUUGUAUGUGACUGUGGACAUAACAAGGCUAACUCUCAGAUGCUGAGAAACGCUGCUCUGGCUUAUCAACAAGAACUCAGGAAUCUCGUCAACUCCGGACGAUAUGACACACGAGAUGACUUUACCGUCGUCCUUCAGCCCUUCUUCAAGAACACUGAACCACCUACCUUAGGCACUGGUUCCAUUGACUUGAGUUUCUUUUCUCCCGACUGCUUCCACUUCAGCCAAAAGGGUCAGUUUGCGGCCGGCCUUUCACUCUGGAAUAACAUGUUGGAAGCUCCCAAUUAUAAACAAGAGCAGUGGCAUUUGUACGGGGACUUCCAUUGCCCUGGAACGCAUGCUGGCCACGACCACUCUUUCUUUACCACGUACAAAAAUUGAAAAAUAUUUUCCUAAGGAAAAACUGAAC